AUGUCCUACCCGACUCUGCCUGCCAACUUCGCGCCCCCGACGCCUCAAAGGCCACUUCCUGGGGCAUACUUGCAGACCCCAGCUGUCGCUCGUCAUGGAUCAUUCCAAUCGCCUACGCAACAGCCUCAACACCAACAGCAACAGCAAAAGCUACCGACGCCGCAACAGCCACAGCCACAAGGCAUCGCGUCCCAAUCUCCGCUCAUGCCUAGGAUGCCUCCGGCGGCCUCGCAGACUCAAAAUCUGACAUUGAGCACCGAGGAACGGGGAGCGCGCACCAUCAAUGAGACCCUUCUUAAGGAAUCGCGGUAUCCCGACCUUGACAGCUAUCUGUCUCAGGGCUUCUCCUCCGAGUAUGACAUUCCCGUGUCCCAAUCAUGGGCUCCCUUCCAAAAAGUCAAAAUGUACAAUAUCCCCGACCAAAUCUUCGAUCAGUACAAUCGCGCUCAGGUGUCGACGAGCAUGGGUCUUUUCGCCGAGUUGAACCACGCGUGGGUGGCGAUCGAUAAUGCACUGUACCUCUGGGAUUUCACACACCCGAGUCCGCAAUUGGUUGGCUUCGAGGAUCAGCCAAACAGCAUCAAUGCGGUCAAGUUGGUGAAGCCGCGUGCGGGAGUGUUCUUGCCUGCCAUCACCCAUCUGCUUGUUGUGGCUACGACUGCAGAGGUCAUCUUGCUGGGCAUGGGUGUGGAAUCGACACCCAAUGGAUCGAAGCAGGUUACUCUUUACCAGACCGGAAUGUCGGUAUCUAUUCGCGGACUCGAUAUUAAUGUAUUUGCUUCGUCCGAUGCUACCGGCCGCAUUUUCUUUGGUGGAUUGUCCGACAAUGAUGUUUAUGAACUUACAUACCAACAAGAGGAAGGAUGGUUCCAGAAUCGAUGCCGCAAGAUUAACCACACUAGCUCAAGGCUAUCCGCGUUUGCCCCGUCUCUGAGCAUUUCUAACCUCGCCGCCUUGUCUCAAAAGAUUUCGGAAUAUGUGGAGCAGAUGGUGAUUGACGACAGUCGAAGACUUCUCUACACUUUGUCGUCCACCUCAACCAUCCGGGUCUUCCAUAUGAAGGACGAUGGCGCCAUCUCUCUUGCAAUCACCAAAGCAGCAUUGGACAUCUACUCCAACAUUGGACAUAUCAUCGCAUCUAACGAGACUUUGAACCCGAAAGUGAAGAUUGUUUCUAUCAGUCCUGUCCCCGCCGCGGAGGCAUCUCGAUAUCACCUGGUGGCCACCACCGCUACGGGUUAUCGGAUCUACCUCAGUGCUACCAAUGCUUAUAGUUGGGCUCCCGCAUCCAACGGCAGCAAUGCUCCCACGAGCAUGCAGGCCCAGCAUGUCAAGACGCCCCCCGUUGACAACACAGCUGCAUUCGCCGCUGUGUCAGCCCCUACCGAGUACGGAGUGUCUCGACUAAACGCUGCCGUCACUAAGUUCCCCAUCCAGUCUUUGUCCCCGACACACACCACCCAGAGAAUGGACACAUUGUUCAUUUCUUCGCCCGACCCCGGUCGCCUCAACUACCAGCCGGAGAGUGUGAACAUUGCCAAGACCGCCGAAUCAGCGGUUUGGUUGAACCUGGGUGGACGAGCGGAGGAUAUAGGCUUGUGUUCCAGUACACCCCUCGGAAUUUCCGGAGGUGGCUUUAGAAACGAGUUGGCUGUUCAGUUUGACCAGGGAGCGGCUGAGAUUGCAAUCCUGACCAACAGUGGCAUCCAUGUCAUCCGUCGACGACGUCUGGUCGAUGUCUUUGCUGCGUUGGCACGCAGUCGUGGUACUGCUGAUGGCGAAGUAGGCCUCGAGCAGGAAGUGGUCAACUUUAUCAAGGCCUACGGCCGCAAUGAGACAGUGGCCACCGCCCUCGCCGUGGCUUGUGGCCAGGGUGUGGAAGUUUCCCCUGAUCAACGGCUAACUCCGAUUAAUGACCCGGACGUUUUGGAGUUUGCCCGCAGGGUCUUUAUUGAGCAAGGCGGCCGGCCAGUACCUGAUGAAAAUACCGUUCAGGACAACAUUACCCCCGCUAUUGAUACGAUCCACCUUUCUCCCCGUCACGACGGCAUUGCCUUGUAUAUCUCGCGUCUGCUGCGGUCGAUCUGGAAGAUGAGCAUCACCAAGGUUGGCAAGGGACCGAACGGUGCGACUUCUGUGUCUGCCUCGGUGAGCGCAGCCAAGCUGCGGACCAUCCAGCAUGAUCUAUCCUCUCUUCAAGAGUUCUUCAAGGUCAACAAGAGCUUUAUCGAGGGGUUGACCGGCCCGGAGGAGCUGGCUCGGGUGUCGAAUAAACAGCAAGAGACCGCCCUGCAAGCCGAGCACCGUGCUCUACAUUCACUCGUUCAGCUCGUGUCUCACACAAUUGAAGGUAUUUCCUUCGUGCUGGUGCUCUUCGACGAACGAGUGGACGAGAUCGUGGCUACCCUACCUGAAGAAUCGAAGGAGCGAUUCUUGAAGUUGACUUUUGAAGAACUCUUCAGCACGGCCAAGGGCCACGAUAUCGCCAAAGAGUUGGUCAAGGGCAUUGUCAACCGCAACAUUGCCAAGGGAUCCAACGUUGAGACCGUGGCGGAUGCUCUACGUCGCCGGUGUGGCAACUUCUGUAGUGCCGAGGAUGUGGUCAUCUUCAAGGCGCAAGAGCAGCUCAAGCGGGCAACUGAAGCUGGUGCUAACUCCGAGCUGGGUCGUAACUUGUUGAAUGAGAGUUUGCUUCUUUUCCAGCAGGUGGCUGAGGAUCUUCCUAUGGAUUACUUGGUCUCGGCUGUGGAUAACUUUAUUUCUAAUCAGUUCUUUGCUGGCGCUAUUUCACUCGCCCUCCACGUCGCUCAACGCUCCGACAAGGCAAACAUGGCCCUUUCCUGGAUCAUGGAAGGCCGCCCGGAACAGGUGAACUUUCCCUCCCAAAACGGCUUCCCCCUGUCUGGCCAUCAACACCCGCUCAUAUUUACCCAGGACCCUCGCAAGCAAUAUUUCCUCUUCCGCAAACAAUGCUACGACCUCGUAUCUAAAGUCAUCGUCGCCGUGGACACCCAAGCUGCUUCUGAUCCUCAUGUCAUUGACGGUCAAUUGACUGUGAUUGCCAAGCGACAGAAUGAGGCAUACGGCGUCAUUACUGACUCCUCCGAUGAGGUAUUUUUGACCAGUCUGUACGACUGGUACUUGGAGCAGGGCUGGAGCGAGCGACUCCUCCAGACCCAGUCAGCGUUUGUCGUCAGCUAUCUGCAGCGCAAGUCUAAUGAUGAUAUUGCCCACGCCGAUCUCCUCUGGCAAUACUACGCCCAGUCUCAGCGGUUCUUCGAGGCCGCCGAGGUUCAAUUCCAAUUGGCUGGGAGCUCGUUUGCACUACCGCUCAGUCGACGCAUCGAGUAUCUGGGCCGUGCUCGCGCUAACUGCUCCACAUUAACCCGCGAUGUCGGCCGUCAGGAACGCCAGCGUCUGCUACAGGAAAUCUCAAACCUCAUCGACGUGGCCAACAUUCAGGAUGACCUUCUACAGCGCCUGAAGGAUGACGAACGCAUCGCCCCCGAGCGUAAGACUGAGGUUCUCCGGGACGUAGAUGGCCCAGUUCUGGAUAUCAGCACGCUCUUCAACGUCUACGCGGACCCGGCGGGCUACAAUGACAUCUGCCUGCAGAUAUUCUACAUCGGCGAUUACCGGAAUGCGGCAGAUAUCAAGUCAACCUGGCAGAAUUUGAUCCAGGAAGUGCACCAGCGGACAGUGGAUCGCGGCACACCGCAGCCCUUUGAGGCGGUGGUUGAAAAGGUGCGAAGCCUUGGCAGUCGACUACGGAUGUCGGAGUCGGUCUUCCCCGUCCGAGAGCUCCUCCCCAUGCUUGAACGGUAUUCGCUAGAGUUCCAACGCAAUGUUCGCGCGACCUACUGGGUGGUCGAUCUGUUCCUGGAUCUGGGUGUGGCCCACGACUCGCUCUUCACCGUUCUGGAGGCGAUGUUCUAUACCGACGAGGCGCCCUUCCACGGGUCCAACCGCCGGUACAUUGCCAAGGAUUUGCUGUAUCUUCUGGAGGGAUGGUUCCGGGAAAGUGCCCGGCUGGGUGGCAUAGUCUUUGGAGGAGACGGCCAAGCCGAGCGAGUUUCGGAGAUUUUGUUGAUGAUCAUGCAGGCCGGCACUGCGACGACGCCGGAGAUUACGGAGCGUUGCCAGGAAUUGCGGCAACGCAUUGAGGAUUUGCUACGGUGA